UGUUUUUUUGGUUUAAUUCAGCUAAAAUAACAGCUAUUUUCUUGCAGUAGGAACGUUCUUCGUUUUUUCCAACGUGAGAUCCAUUGGAAUUAUUUGUAAAGUCUAUUUUAUGAUUAAAAUGGUUGCAAUAAUUGGUGACUUGUCUCAAAUGGACCUGCAUUCCCAUAAAAACGGAAGCAUUUAACAACCUCAUUAUGACCAUAUGGAUUUCCUACAAAAGUAACCUAGUAACCAAUGUAACCAACAGAAGUAUCCUAAUCCUAACGGACGUGAUUGCAAUGCAUUGUUUUUACGGGCGACCUACACACAACCUAUGCAUUGGUAAUUUGCCAUGGAAACACAUGUGCAGGCUGUCAAAUUGGAAGACAUGUCACACACUGUUCAAGUCCAUCCCGAUGUGACACACACAAAUGCAUUAUCAAUGGCACAUCACGUAGGGUCUAUGUCUGAUGACAUGUCAGAUGAUCCAUCUUCGCCAGAAUCAGCAACAUUCGAUGACGCAGAUCUGCUGACAACAACAGGUGUAGCUGAGGAUGUCGGAGAUGACGUCACUUCGCAACUGGCUGCUGCUGGUCCAAUAGGAAUGGCAGCGGCUGCAGCUAUUAUCACUGGAAAAAAACGCAAGAAAAACUACUCUUUUGAAACAAAUCCAUCCAUUAGAAAGCGACAAGCUACACGGUUGUUACGCAAACUAAAACAGCUUCUGACGGAAUAUACAACCCGAGUUGGCCAGCAAGCUUGCAUCGUUGUGUGUUGUCCAGGUAAAAUGGGAGCGUCGUUCAAGUGUUUUGGUGCAGCUCCGCUUGAAAAUAUAGUUAGAAAUAGACGAAAUAUUAUCAUGGAGGAUUUAGAAAAUGCUCUUGCGCAACAAGCUCCAUCAAUCCCUCACACAAAUCCUGACGUACACGAACUGCCACCACUAGUCAUAGAAGGUAUCCCAACACCCGUCGACAAAAUGACACAAGCACAACUCAGAGCUUUUAUACCAAUCAUGUUGAAAUAUUCUACCGGCCGUGGAAAGCCUGGUUGGGGUCGUGAUAAUACGAAACCACCGUGGUGGCCGGAAGAGGUGCCUUGGGCAAACGUUCGAAGUGAUGUGCGUUCGGAUGAAGAAAAGCAGAAAAUAUCGUGGACAAAUGCUCUGAGAAAAGUAGUGCGAAAUUGCUAUCAGUAUCACGGGCGCGACGAACUCUUAGAUGCGUUUUCAACAGUUGACGAUAAUCUAGAACAGCACCACCAACCUACUCAAGUUUUUACUUCGCAGUAUCCUCAUUUAGUUCACACAAUAAACAACGCCGACGGGACGGUAUCCAUCAUACAAGUUGACGCCACUGGAGCCGUGACCACCUUAUCUGAAUCCGCCACACAUUCUGAAGCGACGCAAGCAGUUGCAACACUUGCUGAGGUCGCAUCAGCCUCGCAGGGCGAGGUUAUAUACGGCAAUCAUACGAUCGAUCACAGCGCGCUAACGCACGAUCAUAACUGCGUAACUUCGAUAAGUGAAGGGAGUUUACACGAUGGACAGUUAUUAUUAGGCGAUGCAGUAUCAGCCGCAGCUGCUUUGGUUGGUGUUCAAGAUUCGUCCGGAAUCGUCUCUAUACCGGUGCAAGCAGCCGCUGCAAUGAUGCAGAUACAGGGCACGAAUUUGAUUCCAGUGUCUUUACCUAACGGUGGUGGUGUUCAAUUCAUUGCCACAUCGUCUCUUUCAAAUUUCCAGCUAGCAUCUCAACCGCCUCAACCACAGCCGGCGGAGCCACCCAAUGAUAAUUCCUCUGGAUUAACUAUGGAUGUUCCGAUGCAUCCGGUGAAUGAUAGCCAGCAUUCAGAUGCGUCUAAUGUCCCCACCGCAACGCAGGCUGUCGAAGUUGCGACGUUGUCUAACCAGCAACAUGCUCAUCACAGAUAACAUCCAGUUGGACAGUUUGACAGACAGGUGGCAGUCGUACCUUCUGUAUUCUAGACAACUAUAAUAGCGUAUCGUGUGGAAACAUAACGAGCUCAUUUUGUUUGCUUGAAGAAAUUCGGCUUCCCUCGAAUGCGAAUUUGUUCGCGUCGGCAAAAAAAAAGAAUUAUUUAGAUCCCUUUUUUAUCAGUACGUCAGUAUUCACGUUGAUAAUUGCUGAGUGCCUAUAUCAAGGUUGGGCUGAAAUGUUAGGAACUCGUUUUAUUUGAGCACCUCUCUUUCAUCCAGACGUGUCAAAUAUAUAAACGCAUUUUAUUAUUUUGAUGCAUGUUGUUCUGCAUUUAUUCAAUUCUUUCUUAGUUAAAAAAAUAUUAAAUUUUAAAUAUGUCUGUUAAAAAUGUCAUAACCUAUGUUUUUUCAAAAUAUUAAAUUAUCGAAUAAUGACGAUGAAAUGUUUAAAAAAAGAGAAGAAAAAAUAUAUACUUCAAACAAUGA